AUGCCUCGCUCGGUGGCGUCGUUCCGUGCUAGGCUCUCCACGUCUGCGAUGCGGAUGUCGGCUCUUUUCGGGGCGGUGUGUAUGAUAAGAGAGACGCCGAUGGGGAGCAUGGAGGGCGGAAAGGGCAUCUUCGAGGACGACCCGCAGCGGUACACGGUCUUUCCGAUCAGGUAUCCGGAUCUGUGGCGCUUCUAUAAGCAGGCGGUGGCCGGCUUUUGGACCCCGGAGGAGGUGGACCUGAGCUGCGACGACUGGAACAGCCUGAGCGAGGCGGAGAAGCGGUUCGUCAAGAACAUACUGGCCUUCUUCGCCACGGCGGACGGGAUCGUGGUGGAGAAUCUCGCGCUGCGCUUCUCCAAAGAGGUCGGGGCUAUGGAGGCGCGGAUGUUCUACCACUUUCAGGCCGCUAUGGAGAACAUACACGGGGAGACGUACGGGAUCUUGCUGGACCACUACGUCGACGACGAGGACGAGAAGGCGGCGUUGUUCGAGGCGAUCACGACGGUACCGUGCAUCGCCAAGAAGGCGGAGUGGGCGCUCAGGUACAUAAGCGACGACUCGAGCUUCGCGACGCGGCUGGUAGCGUUCGCGUGCGUGGAGGGCAUCUUCUUCUCCGCCAGCUUCUGCGCCAUCUUCUGGCUCAAGAAGAGGGGCAUGCUCCCGGGGCUCACGUUCUCUAACGAGCUGAUCUCGCGGGACGAGGCGCUACACACGGCCUUCGCCUGCCACCUGUACUCGAAGGAGCUCUCGAGGGAGAAGCGGCUGUCGGAAUCCGAGGUGGUGAAGAUCGUGAAGGACGCCGUCGACAUCGAGAUCGAGUUCGUGCGGGGUUCGUUGUGCGACCUGGCGGGGAUGAAUGCCGCCCUCAUGGGACAGUACGUGAAGUUCGUGGCGGACAGGCUGCUCGUGGAUCUGGGUCACGGGAAGGCGUACGACGUGCAGAAUCCGUUCGACUGGAUGGAAUUCAUAAGCGUCGAGUGCAAGACCUCCUUCUUCGAGUCCAGGGUCAGUAGCUACCAGAAGGCGGGAGUCAUGGAGAAGCUAGAGUCGAACGACGGGUUCGCAGACGACGAUUUCUGA